CUUAUCAUUCUGGAGAGGGACGCACACACAUUUUACACUGCGCUGGAAAUUGACUGAAGACACAUGACGGACAAUACUAAAAGAAUGCUGUACACAGAGUUCCUCCAGCUCUGGGCCUCCUCCGUGCAGAAGGUGGAUGCUCAGGACUGGCAGGGCUGUGUGUCCACUCUGGAGCAGAUCACAGAGCCCACGGCCCGCACACUCUUCAACAUGGCCUCUGCCUACCUGGCUCUGGGACGGCCCGACCAGGCACUGAGUGUUUUAGACUUGGCACUUGUGAAGGAUGAGCACCUCGCUGUUGGCUUCUUUCAGAGAUCAACUGUGAUGAUGCUGUUGGACAGGCUGGAGGAGGCUCUGUCGGACUGUAUCUGGGCUCAGAAACACAUGAGAGAAAACCCUGUCAUUGACUACAAACAGCUGGGACUCAGGUUCAAGCUCCACAUCUGGCAGGUUCUGUAUAACGCAGCGGCGGUCUACACUCGUAUGGGACGCUGGGACCAGGCACAGAAGGUGCUGGAGUCAGUGUCCCGGGAGAAGACAGUAGGGAUAGGAGUUAACAUCGAGACUGCCAUAGACCAUAUCAAGAAGGGAGAGGUUCUGGCCCCGAUGUUGGUCCCUGAAGGAGUGGUGUUUAGACCUAAUAAACGUGAAGUGAAUCAGCUAAAAGAAAGGGACUUCCUGGGAAAAGCUAAGGUCAUUUCAUCCAUGAUCCCCAAUGAUGACUUUGGAGGAUUUGAACCAUUGAGACUACAGAAACCUGGAUUUUAUGAACCUAAAAGUGGAGGUGCCCAAGACUCUCGGUACAUGCAAGUGAAAGUCCCAUACAUGUCGUGUGGUGCGGGACAGCUCACAGUUCCAGCGGGCGCUACGGUGUUCCUGUUCGGCGAGGAGGACAGAGAUGGAAUGGUCUCAGUUAUUUAUGAUGGACAGAGAGGACUUCUGCCUGUGUCUCUGCUGGAGCCUGUGGACGUCAGGUCGAGCAAGGCCAGAAAGAAAAGUUUACAGUUUGUUCCGAACGGCAUCCCUCUCCCUCCCGAUCUCAAGCCCCCCACACGUCCACAUGUCAAGUCCACCCCUGUGCCGCCCCCUAGAGCCCGCCACCGUUCAACACCCACACCUCCUCCAUCUUACAUCUCUACCAUAACAGCUCCUCCGCCAGACCCAGCACCUAUUACUCUGACAGACAACUCAGACAUCCAGCUGUCGGACAACCCUCAGGCCCCCGAGGCAGGUCCAGUGCAGGUGAAAGUCCGCUUCACCCAGACCCUGUCCAUGUCUGUGCCUCUGGACUCCUCGUACCAGGAGCUGAGGGAGCGCAUCGCACAGACACUGGGCCAGACGCCAUCCGAGAUACGCCUUAGGCGUAAACCACAGGGCUCCCGUUUGCUGCUGCCUCUGGACCAGGAUCAGGACUCUCCUCUGCUGGAUUUGGCUCAGUCCGGGAGUGUCCAGCUGUGGUGCCAGAAAGAGGAUCCACUGCUGAACCGUACCAUCCUGCACCAGAUGGUGGCGCUGUAUGAUUACACAGCAAAUGGCCCUGAAGACCUGGAAUUCAGUGAAGGAGACACCAUCGAUAUCCUGGGGCAAGUGAAUGAGGAGUGGAUGGAGGGACACUGUGCAGGGAACGUUGGGAUAUUUCCUGCAUGUUUCGUCUACAGAGAGAACACAGAGGUGGUGCAGGACUAGCAGCUGUAAGGCCCAAACCACAGACACUGUUACUGCUUAUAUCAUCACUGGAUCUGCUCCUCUUAUAUAUCUGCUAUGGUCCAUCGUGUGGUACUCAAGAGUAUGUUUACAUUGAACCUCAAGCUUAUUUGAAAUUCAUCUUUGUUUAGAGUUGUACAUUUUUCAUAAAUGCAUCAUUGUUAGCAAAAAAUUAUAUUCUUAAAGGUGUGAUUCCAGUUCUAAUCCUGUUCUUAAGUGAUGUUUCUUAAUGCCUUUAAAUAUGUAUUAUGUUUAUAGCACUUUUUGUAGUCCACUAAUCAGCAUUUUUUUUUUUUUUUUUUUUUUUUUUGACUAAACAACUAUUCUACCAGUUAUUUCUAAUGUGUUUUGGAGAUUUUGAGCUUGCAGAUUUUUGUAAGUAAAAGUCAAAGCUAAAAUAUUCAAGUUAAAUUGAGGCUGUUCAUCAUAAGAUUUUUCCCAAAUUGUUGGUUGUAUUUUUCUGGUGAUUUUGAUCUAUAGAUUUUGGUCUUAUUAUUGAUAAGUAGGAUAAGGAACUUGAUAAUAAACUUGAAUAUACAUUGAACACUG